AUGGCGAGAACCCCUCGUUCAGUUUCUACAUCUGCACUACCUACCACCUCACCACCAGCCGCCGCCCCUACCACGAUCAUGGCUCGACUAGUAAACCUAGUCCCCUGGCGGUCUGAUCAUGCAGGGACGCCCGUCGUCGAUGUUCCUUUUGCGCAGGGUCGACAUCGUUAUGCUGCAGCGGAUGCUCCUGGAAGUGAACACUCCUUGAUACGUGAUGAAGACUAUCAUGGAUCUCCUACACCGGACCCCAAUUCACAACAGCAACAGCAAGUAGACGCCGGGGAACAUGGAGGUGGCCGGUCGCGUCGCUGCUGCUAG